GGAAAGAAGGAAGCAGACGAGGAGAGAGAACGAUCCGAUCCCAGGCCGCGACCUGCCUCCGACAAAAGGUUACAUAACCCCGAAUAAAUCACGUUUCCUCCGCGCUGUGUGCGACCUGCCGACACGGGGCCGUCGAGACGAGUCUCCUCCGCGGCAACACACCUGCGACAUUUUGACUGUGGGACCUCAGUUCGUCCAUUUCCAACGGAUCAUCAUGGCUGAUGAUUUUGACGUAGAGGCCAUGCUGGAGGCUCCGUACAGAAAGGAUGAGAUCAAGUCCUCUCAUGCAAAUGGCCAUGACGACCAGAAUAAAAAGAAAAGGAGGAGCAGAAGUAAGAGCCGGAGCCCAGGUUCUAAGAAAAGAAGAAGCAGAAGCAAAGACAAAAAGAAGGGUAAGAAGAGGAGCCGGAGCCGAGAAAGAAAACGAAGCCGCAGCAGAGAGCGCCAUCGCAGCGGCUCCCGGAGCAAGGAGCGAUCCGGGCGUUACAGAGCACGAAAGAGCCCCAUUCGCAAACGUUCCAAAAGUCGGAGCCCCUUCAAAAAGGAAAAGAGUCCCAUCAGCAAUACCACCAGCAAGUUUGAUGUAGCUCAGAUGCGUGAUUAUCAAGAAAAUCAAAAGACUCACAGGCAACCAAUUGACAAUCUAACACCUGAGGAGCGGGAUGCACGCACAGUUUUCUGUAUGCAGCUCGCUGCCAGAAUCCGAGCUCGGGACCUGGAAGACUUUUUCUCGGCUGUUGGAAAAGUCAGAGACGUGAGAAUGAUCUCAGACAGAAACUCCAGGAGGUCAAAGGGCAUCGCAUACAUCGAGUUUGUGGACUCCUCUUCUGUGCCUCUGGCCAUCGGACUGACCGGCCAGAGGCUUUUAGGAGUUCCCAUCAUCGUCCAGGCCUCUCAGGCAGAGAAAAACAGAGCUGCAGCAGCUGCUAACAAUUUACAGAAGGGCAGCUCAGGUCCGAUGCGGCUGUACGUGGGCUCGCUGCAUUUCAACAUCACCGAAGAAAUGCUCCGAGGGAUCUUUGAGCCCUUUGGAAAGAUUGAGGGAAUCCAGCUCAUGAUGGACAGUGAGACUGGACGAUCCAAAGGAUAUGGCUUCAUAUCGUUUGCAGAUGCAGAAUGUGCAAAAAAAGCCCUGGAGCAGCUGAACGGCUUCGAGCUGGCCGGGCGUCCGAUGAAGGUGGGGCAUGUGACGGAGCGCUCGGACUCCUCGACGGCCAGUUCGUUCCUGGACAACGACGAACUGGAGAGGACCGGCAUCGACCUGGGCACCACCGGGCGUUUACAGCUAAUGGCUCGACUAGCAGAAGGAACUGGUCUGAAGAUCCCCCCCGCUGCUCAGCAGGCUCUGCAGAUGACUGGGUCCAUACCGUUUGGAAACAUGUCUUCUCAACAAUCUGUCCCAACUCCAGCUCAGAACCAAGCCAUGAACCUCCCCUCCCAGCCGCUGGCCACACACUGCCUCCAGCUCUCCAACCUGUUCAACCCACAAGCGGAAAACGAUCCCACCUGGGCCACUGAGAUCCAAGACGAUGUCAUCGAGGAGUGCAACAAACACGGAGGAAUAGUUCACAUUUAUGUGGAUAAGAACUCAACUCAAGGUAAUGUGUAUGUGAAGUGUCCCUCGAUACCAGCAGCGAUGGCAACUGUAAAUGCACUUCAUGGACGCUGGUUUGCAGGCAAAAUGAUAACGGCUGCCUACGUCCCCUUACCCACCUACCACAACCUUUUCCCUGAUUCGGUAACGGCGAAGCAGCUUCUAAUGCCGACUCGUCGAUAGUCAGACAUGCUUCUGAAGGGCAGUGUAAAUACAUUUGUUUGCAUUCAUGGAGCUGUCAUUGAAACAGACGCAUCGAAGUUAGUUGGCUGUGCGUAAUAAAAGUUGCCUCAAGUUCAACAUUGAAAACUAGGUUUUGGUUUUUUUAGUUGCUUUUCAAAGUUUUGUGGGUUUGUGUUGUAACUAUCACUGAGAAGUAAUCUGCAGGUAUCUAUUGGUCUGUAUGUUUUUAAAUAUUACCGUCUUAUCUGCUUGUUUAAAUCCAGUUUUAGAUUUAAAAUUGCAGAGUCACAAAAUGUGUUGGGUUAAUAGGCCUUAAAUGCCAAAAGUAUAUUAAUGUCAACAAUAAUCCUUUGUACCUUUUUACAGCCAUAAUUUCAUUUUUUGUAUGAAGGCUCCCAAUAAACUUGGCAAAUUUGACAAUU